CAUCAUUUUUUUUAGAGUUCCCACGCAAUGGGAGUCGACCAUGCGCUGCGGCCGACCCAUACAUCUCGCUCUCGACCACCACCUUGCGUCAGGCUCCAACCUCUCCUGGCUCCCGGUGCAGGAUGAAGAGACUCGCUGAGGUGCGCCUGCAGCCCGUCGCCCACAGGGCGAGGCCGCGCUCGCGUGUCUUCACACUUGUCGUACUCCUCUCUGCCGUCCUGACACUCGCCACCUUCCUUCCGACCUAUCUCACACGAGACGCGACGCUCCUCCAAGCAACAUGCCCGUCGGUUGCACACAGUGACCCCGCGAGCGAGUGGAGGGACGACGUCUGGCCGCUGCGCCCGCCCACGCCUUGGGAUAUCUCCACGGACUUCCCGUACCCCCGCAAACUCGACUACGAUACCACCCAAGGGACAUGGAUGCGCCUGGACGUGAACCCGAAGAGUGGAGACAUCGUCUUUGACAUGCUCGGCGACAUCUACUGCAUACCCGCGAGCGCGUACAAGGACGGUCUCGGCGAGCGCACGAGGGCGCGUCCAGUCCUGCUUGGCGUGCCGCACGACUCUGACCCUCACUUCUCGGCGGACGGAAGCAAGGUCGUGUUCCGUAGCGAUGCACAACUUGGUGUGGAGAAUAUCUGGAUGACGACAUGGAAGGGAUGCGACGCAAUGGACGUUCGUCCUCAGGACGCUCACGGUGAACUGCAGCUUGCUUUGGCUAAACAAAAUGAGGAUGAAGAUGCCCUAGCAAGGGGUGUCAGAGAGACUGAAUCGGCAAAGGAGAGAAGGCUUCUGAGGGAAGGGCGGUUGCAUGCCCAUCGAGUCACCAACGAGACUUAUCGCUAUGUCUCUGACGCUCGCUUCCAUCCAUCUGGCAAAAAAGUCAUUGCGACAAAAUGGUACACUUCCGAGCGCAGUCUCGGAGCCGGAGAAGGCUGGGAAUACGAGAUUCCUGACACGUUUGACGCCAAGAUUGAGGCGGGGAGCGGCAAGCGCGUGGUUUCGAGGACGCUUCCUCUCGGUUGGAGUUCUGAGGACUACGGUGACCAGCAAAUCGGCCCGGAACAAUUCAUUUGGAAUGGCGAAGACAGUUUGAUCUAUGCGAAGAAUGUCAUCGACGCCGACACGUUCACGUACGGCAAGGACGUGCACUCUGGUAUCUACGCCAUAUUCUCUACCAACUUGACGAGCAAGCAGACGACGACUUUGGUGCGCUCCCUCCCUGGUGGUGCCAGCCGGCCUGAGCUCUCUCGCGAUGGUCGGACUCUGGCGUUCGUCCGUCGUGUGCGAGACAAGGAGGCUCUCGUGCUCAAGGACCUUGUCACUGGCAGUAUUCAUCAUGUCUGGCACGGUUUGACCUACGAUCUGACCACUAUAUCUGCGCCAAUGGGCACCUACCCAUCCUUCGCUUUCACACCCAAGGAUGACGCAAUCAUUAUCUGGGCUGCCGGUCAGAUUUACCACGUCCCGAUUUCGACAAACUCACGAGGCGAGCGCACGAAGGCGAAUGCGUCUCCUUCGCCCAUUCCAUUCUUGGCACACGUAGAGAAGCGCAUCGCUGACACAAGGAACAGCGAUACGGACAUCCUCGCCAUCGAGACCCACGACACGCAGCGUGUCUAUGCCUUCACCGAACUCCGCGUUAACGAUAACGGUUCGAAGGCGGUGUUCCAAGCGGCGGGUGUCAACUACGUGUACGACGUCAAAGACGAGACGGUGGCGGCUGUGCCGGUGCUGGACAAGCAGGCAGCGUACUUCUCGCCGUCGUUCGUACCGAACGCGGAGGAACUAGUGGUGCAUGCACGGUGGUCGGACACGAACUUUACGACGUUCGAGAUUGCGAACGUCACGUCUGGCGAUGCAUACGAAGUGGGCGGACUUCCGGUUGGACGGUACUUCUCUCCGGUGUUGUGCGAAUGCUCCGGGCGGCAGAGGCGGAUCGCCUUCAUGAAAGCCGGCGGAACCUACCUCUCGGGGCAAGUCAUCGCCACGGCAGGCGCCGGUCUGUACGUCGCCGACCUGGCCCUGCCGUCCAGCCUGUCGCUCGUGGAGAACACGCUCGAGAUCAAGAACGUGCAGUUCGUGUCCUCGGCGGCUUCGCAUGACUCGCCGGAGCAGACCAAGGUCCGCUUCUUGGACAAGGCCGCCAAGAUCCUCGUGCAACAGAGGAGCCAUGCCUUCGCUAUCGACCUCGCGGCCGGCCCUGACGAGUACGGCGAGUACGUGCACGAGACGGUCGCGAGCGGCGCGACGUCCGUGGAGCUCGCCGUAAACGCACACACGUCCGAGGUCGCGUUCGUCGACUUCAUGCACGUGUACCACGUGCCGGAGGUGGCGGUCGACAAGGCGGUGUGGAGCAAACCUGGAAACGCGACGAAGGGCCUUGCGCGGCUGAGUUUGGACGGGGGGCAUGAUGUGGUGUGGAGCGGGGACGGGAAGAAGCUGUUCUGGUUCCUUGGGCCGUAUUUGCACUCCGUUGAAGUCUCCUCCUUGGGCAAGUGCUCGUCCGAGAUUGCGGAUGACACACUCAACUUCGGGAUAUCGUGCACGAAGAAGCUGGUCAAGUUCUCCGAGAUUGUCGUCAGGUACCCGUCGGACGUGAGCCGUCUCAAGGCUGAUGCCAUGGCUGCCCUGCGCACCAAUGACGAGCAGGCGCUGGCGAAUGCCGAUGUCCUUGUCUUCACGAAUGCCACGCUACUCACUAUGGAGUCUGGAAGCCUGCUGCAGGACGUGUUACACGAUGCGGUCCUUAUCUCCCGAGGUGGCAGGGUCGAGGCGAUUGUGGGCAUUGAGGACUACGUUGUCCCGCACGGUGCGACUGUGAUCAAUGCCGAGGGCGGUUACAUCGUCCCUGGCUACAUCGACGUUCACGCCCACUGGGCUGGGUUCGCUGACUUCUUCCCUGCAAAGUCGUGGGAGCUAGAGACGUUCCUCGCCUACGGCGUCACUACGCUGCACAAUCCCAGCGCAGACAACGUCCGCGGCUUCUGGGAGCGCUUCCGUGUCGAGCGGGGCCAGGAGAACGGGCCGCGCAUCUUCCAGGUCGGCGACAUCAUCUACGGUGCAGGCGCGCCGGGGGUCUACCAGGACAUCACGACGAUGGACGAGGCAUAUGCUGCGCUGGUCCGCAUCAAGGCUGAGGGCGGGCCGGCGAGCUACUCGUACAAGAACUACAACCUCCCGUCGCGCGCGUCGCGCCAGCGGCUACUCCUCGCUGCGCGCAACCUGUCGAUGCUCUGUUUCCCCGAGGGCGGCAUGAACUACGACUGGGAUCAGACGUACAUCGUCGACGGCAUGACCACGAUUGAGCACGCGCUUCCUAUACCGCAGCUCUACUACGACAUCUUGAUGCUGUUUGCACACAGCGGCACAGGCCUGACGCCCACGCACAUCGUCAACUACGGCGGCGCGUGGGGCGAGCAAUACGUCUGGGCGACGGAGGACGUCCCGAACGACCCCAAGCUGCGGCGGUUCACGCGCCACGACAUCCUCGAGGCUCUCUCCGAGUCCACGGCACGGCCAGAGAACUCAUACGCGCUGUUCAACACCUCAGAGUCGACCGCGAAGAUGGUGCGCAUGGGCCUGAAGGCGCACAUCGGCGCGCACGGCGAGCCCCCGCUGGGUCUGAACUACCACGCCGAGAUGUUCUUCGCACAGCAGGGCGGCCUGUCCAACUACGAGGUCGUCCGCGCGGCGACGUCCGACGCCGCGAAGACGCUUGGCAUCUAUGGGUCGCUGGGGUCGCUGACGCCGGGCAAGCUCGCAGACUUGGUGGUGUACCCACCCGGGUUUGACGUGCUGGAGGGCGACAUCAGGAGGACGAGGGACAUCCGGUAUGUCGUGCGUGGAAGCAGGGUCUGGGACGCGGAGACGAUGACCGAGGUCUGGCCUGUCAAGGGCAGGAAGCAGACUAUGCCUCCAAUUAACCCAGAGUGAUUGCUUCGACUUUUACACAAAGCUUCAGACUAAACGCGAUGAUCGCACUGCUUAUUAAUCAGAAUCAUGUACUACUACAUUGCACCUGAAAAUUGGCUUGUUUGCUAUGUUAGUCUUGGAUUACAGGUCGAACUCAAAGUCAGAGUCGUCGUCUUCCUUCUUCCUAAUGUUCUUCGGUGUCUUGGCGUUUGUGCUCGUGACAUGCGAACGCAUUCUCGACGACGGGUCGUCAUCUUCGUCGUCCUCCAGCUCGUCGUCCUCGUCGUUCUUUCUCCGACAGGGACCACCGCGCUGCGGGACGAUUGCACCCGCCAGGAUGAGCACGGCCUCGAGCUCUGCGACGAGAGUGAGAAAUGAGCCAGGUAGGGCCAACAGUGACCACACCCUCAGUUUUGCGUUCUCGGUCAGCACCCCAGGCCACAAUCUGGUUGAUGACCUCGCCCUUCCGGUAGACGAUGAACAUCGGCAUUCUCGUGUCUGGAAGGUUCGGUAUGCACUUGUCCCCCACAAUCGAAACAAACUUUGUAUGUGGGUGCCUUUGCGCGAGGGUCCGCACAUGCUCAAACGCGCGGUCGCUGCGUGGUAUGCUAGGACACGGUCGGUUAUAAGCCCCUCCGCCACCACACAGACGCGACGCUUGGCUGCUUACCCGUCCUUGUACAGGAAACACACCACGCCGGUGCCCUUGCCGGCCAUGUCCGCGUCGUCGCUGUCAACCUGGCUGGCUUCGGUCACCUCGCGCGUGUAGUCCUCCCUGCCGAUAGGGUGCACGCCCCCGAAGCGUGCGCUCUGGAAGCGUUCCAGGUCGCGGAGGCGCUCCUUCCGGAUCUGCUCGAUGACGCGUGCGGUCUCGUCGUCGCGGGCGUCCUCCGCGGCGUCCUGGAGUUCGUCGAUGUCUAGAUCCUCGAGCCGCUCGUGGAGCGACGGCGGGGGCGGUGGCGAGGGGGAUGGAGGGGUCGCCGGGCGGGGUGGCAGGAUGCCGUGCUUGCGGAGAGCAUCGUUACUGAGCGGCAGGUCGGAAGAGUUUGAGAUUGCAGCGCAUGAUUGCUCACAAUUCGGUGUCUUCGUUAGGAUUAAUGGCCAUGAUUGGUGUGGUGCAUGGGUAUGCGGUGUGCGGUGUACUGAGGAGACGGUCACGGCUUAAACACAAGAGUGCGACGGAUGGGCGCAGCUUGCUGC